UUAAUUUAAAAAAAUCAAAUUGGAAUAUUUUCUUGGAUUUCACUUUUUGUUUCUUUAUAAUCUCUUUCGUUGUUUCCACAAAAGAAAAAGAUCCCGAAAUUUUUCUCGUUUCACUCUUUUGAUCGUCGUCGUCAUUUGUUUUGAAAUCGAACUAUUUUUUUUAAAACCGGACAAAUUUGCUUUGGUUUAUGCCCAGAAAUUAAACUUUUGUUCCUCAUUGUGUGGUUUUUGAUUGUUGUGAUCAAAAGUAAGAUACGGUUUCACAAAAUUCUGUGCCGCAUCCACGGAUGCAAGAUAAUCGGCAAGUUCAGAACAAUGUUGUGUCGAAUCAAUCCGCUGAUAACGUUGAAGAAGUUAUUUUGCGGUUGAAAUUUAAUGAUAAUAAUCAAGAGGUGGGUGUUUCAGACUCAGGCUCGUAUCCUGAUCGUCCUGGUGAACCGGAUUGUUCUUAUUAUUUAAGGACUGGAUCAUGUGGUUAUGGAAGUAAUUGUCGUUUCAAUCAUCCGGCUUAUGAUACUCAGGGUGGCCAAUAUCAGGAAGAACUCCCUUUAAGAGCUGGACAGCCAGACUGUGGGUACUUUUUAAAGACAGGAGCUUGCAAAUAUGGAUCCACAUGUAAAUAUCAUCAUCCGAAGGACAGAAAUGGAGCUGGACCUGUUACAUUUAACAUUCUUGGUCUUCCUAUGCGUCAGGAUGAAAAAUCAUGUCCUUAUUUCAUGAGGACCAGAUCAUGUAAAUUUGGAGUUGCAUGCAAGUUCCAUCAUCCCCAGCCUACUUCACCUGGGGCUGGCUUACCUGUAAAUGGACCUGCGGGAUCAUCAGUUUUGCCACCGACAGGUGUGCCGUAUGCUGGUGGAUUACCCACAUGGUCAUUACCUAGGGCACCUUUUGUUUCUGGCCCACAUUUACAAACCCAAAGAUACAUGCCUGUUGUUGUUUCUCCUCAAAACAUAAUUCAUGCUAAUGGCUGGAGCACCUACAUGGGAAAUAUGAGUCCCGUAUCUUCUGCUGGUGUUCUUGGAUCCAAUUAUGCUUACAACUCGACGAAUCCCGCAGAGUCUGGUUCUAGUGGACAGAUGCUCUUGUCAUUCACAUCUGCUUCUAACUAUCCUGAAAGACCUGAUCAACCAGAGUGUAGGUAUUAUAUGAACAACGGCACUUGCAAAUACGGAUCUGAUUGCAAGUACCAUCAUCCAAAGGAAAGGGUUGCAGAUUCAGCCAUUAAUAGUAUUGGCUCUCUUGGGCUUCCUUCGAGACCUGGGCAAGCUGUAUGUUAUAGCUACAGUAUGUACGGACUGUGCAAGUACGGGCCAACUUGCAGAUUCGAUCACCCUUUUGUAGGAUAUCCUUAUAAUUAUGCUCCAACCCUUCCUUUACCUGUGUUCGAUACGUCUCUCCUAGCAUAUCAAAGAAUGUCUCCAGCAGUCCAUUUGUCCGAAGCUCCUCCGCCAUCAAGACUUCCCGAUUGGGCACGAAACACCAACACCGUAAGCAAGAAACGUCAGAACUUGGAAACUAAGAAUUCAGAUGAUCCAUCCGAACAGGUUGCUUCUCCACCAAAUUCAUUGCAGACUUCUUCGAAAACCUCACAAGAUUAAAACUGAGUCGAUCCAUGUCUUGAUCAUCUUUUUUAACUUGUUUUGUUUUGUUAAUUCGGAACCUUGCAAGAAGACUUCCAUGAUACUGUACCUCCUUCACCCCCUUUCACCUGUGAUCCGACAGUGUUGUAGGUUUUCAUUUCCUUGAAUAUUUGAAAUGUGCAAAAUUCUGGGGGACAGAAGGCAUUUUUUGUUUUUGUGGUGAAUAAAACGCAGGUGAAA